CAUACAUACUCCUAUCCCAUCUCUACCUCUCUCUCUCUCUCUCUCUUUACUGCUUACUACUUACUGCUAUUUCUAACCUGGACUGUUAUUAUUGUUAUUUGAAAAAGAAAGAAAGAAAGAAAGAAAGAGACUCUGUUCUGUUUCUUCUUCUCCACCUUCUUCGGCUUAGUUAUAUAACCUCAGGGCUCUGUCUGGGUCCAUUCUUUGCUAAAUCAAACCUCCCUUGUCAGUCAAUUGCCACUCUUGAUCGCCAAUAGUACGUAUGGUCAAUUGGUUUAAUUAGGGGGUAGCAGCAAUAGUGUAUAUAUAGUGAAGGGCAAUUGGGCAAACAUGACAGCUCCAAACAAGGGAACGAUCACUGCAUCCAUUGAGAGAUCCCUUCGAAAUUGUUCUUUAAACCAUCACCAAAGCAGCAGCAACAGCAGCAGCAACAGCAGCGACACUGCUAGUGCAGGCAUCAUAGGAGGCCCAGCAGGGUUUGUGGCUGCUGGCCGGUCCUCGACGUCAGAUUCCACCAUAAAUCUUGAUUUCCCGGACAACGCGUUAGAGCUCCAUUCUGAUAUCCGGCUGCCUUACUAUUGGGAGCAAUGCCUCGAUUUAAAGAGUGGGGAGGUGUACUAUAUUAACUGGAGGACAGGGAUGAAAUCACAAGAGGAUCCAAGGACAAAUCCAGAAAUGCAGCAUGUGAGGAAUGGGGGUUUAGGUUUAUCAUGGUCAGAGGAGGAGGAUGAGGAUGGUAGCUGGUACGAGAGCGAAGGGUCGUCCACGGAGGAGUCGUCUCCUUCAACUUCUUCUAGACAGCAGCAAUGCCGCCGCCGCUACUCCAAUUCCAAUUCCAAUUCUUCUCCUUCUGGUGCUACUCCCCGUCAUCGUCAUCGUCAUCUCACUGCUGAGACCAACAUCCACCACGACAAACCCCAAGUACUGGUGGUAGCUGGUUGCAAGAGCUGUUUCAUGUACUUCAUGCUCCCAAAACAGGUUCAAGAUUGCCCCAAGUGUUUUGGUCAACUUCUCCAUUUUGAUCGAUCCGAAAAUGCAUCUCCAUGAGCCCACACACCACCACCCCUUCCCCCCUCCCCCGCCGGGGGCCUUUUUCGUCUCUUUUUUCUUUUUAUAUAUUUUGUUUUUGUUCUCAAAUGCUAUUUAUCAACGUCGUUCUCAAAUGUGAAUUUUCUGGAA